UGUCAGUGCGAAGAGUGCGUCGUGGGGUUGGCACCUAUUAGUAUUGUGCUAAGCAGCAACCAUGGGACUGGUCGUGAUCAAUACGGGUUACCUGAAAACGAAGUCGGGCAUCAUGAAGAUCAUAGAAAUCGUGUGCGUGGCCUGCGCCUUCGGCCUCCUCCGCGUGAGCUCCCACGUCUGCGGCCACACCAAGGACUCGCAUUUCCUCGGCGUGGGAGUCCUCGUGGCCGCCAUGAUGGUCACGCCGCUGCUCCUCAUCUCGUACAUGAUGGGCAAGAUGCAGAUCCAGAACACGUACCUGGAAAUCGCCCUCAACGCCUUGUUCGCCUUAUUCCUGCUGGCUGUGGGCGCGGAUGUCCUCAAAGCCGUGGGCACCGUCUACAGUAACAGCGUCACCAGGAAGUGCUUCGCCAUGGGCAUCUUCAGCAUCGCCGCCUGCAUCACGUACCUGCUGGAUACAGUGUUCUGUGUGAUGGUGUACAGGGGAAACAACUGAGAGUGAAGGCGGUUGGCAUCUUUUGAUUUUGAUGUAUCUACUUAGGUAGUUGUAACUCUUGGAUAUGUAAUGUUUACGAAUGCAGGUUGUUUAAAUCUAAGUAGACACACACACACACACACACACGUGUGUGUGUGUAUACAUCUAUA